AUGAGCGCGUCAGCGGAAAAGAGUAUCGAACAACAGGCAGAAGAGUAUUCUCCAAGUGGAAACGAGGAACCAGCGGAGCUCUCGGCAUCCAAGGCGUUAUCUGAAGCCUCUGACGCUUCCAAACCGGAGCAAAAGGAAAAGGAGGUCCAAGACUCAAAGUCUAAAAAGACGGAAGAAACAAAGCAAGACACCUCUGCUCCUGCACAACACGAUUGGCAAGCGAUUUAUUCUCCGCAACACAACGCGUAUUACUUUUACAACGCCAAGACACAAGAGACGACAUGGACGAACCCUCUUGUACCAGACACUGUCGCCUCGUCGAGCGCCGGACCAUCUACAGCCACUAAAACUUCUGGCCCUGCGGCAAAUUCCACCGCGGGACACAAUCCCGUGUUGGACGGUAUCGACCCCGAUCUCAUCUACCUAGACCCUACAAUGGCAGUGCCCGGCAUGCCAAAGGCGGCUGGGACAUAUUCAGCUCGAUUCAAUGCUCGCACUGGAAGAUUCACCGCGAUGGACGCUCGAGACCCGACGCACAUGUCUGAAUACGAAAGAAUGAAGAGACAAAGUAGCGCCUUCUUUGACGUGGGUGCAUGGGAACGAGAAGUGGCCGAAAGAAAGGCGCAAGAGGCUGCAGAAGCUGCAGAAGGGCGACGUAGGAAUAAACGCCCAACAAAGGCGGACUUGGAGCGCUAUCGGGCCCAGAAAGAGGCACGGAAGAAGACCAAGUAUGCCUGGCUUCGAGAAUGA